GAAUUAAACACAAUCAUCAAUUCAACGAGGUAUAUAAAUAGCUUGCGCAGGCGAAAACUACGCAUAUUCUCAUUCGUGAACAGAUUACCAGCAGGUUUAUACCAGUGUAAUAAUAAAAUCUUAACAUGGAGCGUUGGUGUGGAAAAACUGCGAUUGUGACUGGAGCAAGUUCCGGGAUUGGUGAAGCCAUUGCUGAAGCUUUAGUCAAAGCAGGAAUGCAGGUUGUUGGUUUCGCCCGUCGUGUAGAACGCGUCCAAGCAAACGCCGCCAAACUCACCAACUGCACCGGAAAACUCCACGCUGUAAAAUGUGACAUCCGUUGCGAAGAAGAAGUCUGCAAGGCUUUCGACUGGACCACAAAGAACGUCGGAGUUGUCCACGUGCUCGUCAAUAACGCCGGCGUCCUUCAUCCGACCAACUUGAUCGCUGGCGAGGCCGAAAAGUGGCGCGCCGUGUUGGAAACCAAUGUUUUCGGUCUCUGCGUGGCCCAAAGAGAAGCAUGCAAACUUAUGAUGGCCCAUAACGUCGCAGGACACAUUAUCAACAUCAACAGUAUCGCCGGACAAUGUAAUCUGUAUUUCCCAACGUUGAAUGUUUACGGAGCUAGUAAACAUGCAGUGACGAAUAUUUGUGAUUGUCUAAGACAAGAAUUGACUGCUAAUAAGUCACCUAUCAAGGUCACGAGUAUUAGUCCAGGAGCUGUCAAAACUGAAAUUUUGACAGAAGAAAUAUUCCCACCGGAAAUGCGUGAGAUGUUCAAGAGUAUGCCAAUGAUGGAGAGCAAGGACAUUGCUGACGCAGUUUUAUACACAUUGGGAACACCGCCAAGUGUUAUGGUCAACGAAAUUACGUUGAGACCUGUUGGUUCAAUUCAUUAAAUUGAAACAAAUCGUUGAAACUAAAAUUAUACUUUGGUUUAUAUUCAAUAAAAAAUGUUUAUUAACUUUU